AUGGCUGCGCCGGUGCUCCAGUUCCAGCCCUUUACGAGCUCGCCGCACGUGUCCUUCUUCCAGAAGCUCGCAGAGCUCAAGCUCAACACGUUCCAACUCAGCGACGCGCGCCAGGACAUCUCGGGCUUCUUUGAGCUCUCGCCGCACGCCGACGUGCCUCCGCGCUUCAUUGUCGACGACACGGCCUUUGGCUAUGAGGCUGCGCUGUCGCCCGACCGCGCCAAGCACGAGUGGCGCCUGCCAGGCGUGCUCAUCAACACCAACACGCUCGAGGCCUUCAAGACCAUCGACAAGGCGGCGCUGCUCGACGACGCGCGGGCCUCGGUCGCGUCGUCGAUCGCGGGCGACACUGAAAAGAUGCAGUGCUUUGUACUUGUGACGUUUGCCGACCUCAAGACGCACACCUUCUGGUACCGCUUUGCCUUUCCAGCGCUCGUGCCUCCGUCGCCGUACCGCGUCCCGGCGUGGCAGCAGCUGACGACAGCGCCGUUGGCGCAUGCGUCGUUCAUGCAGCAGCUUCUCGACAUGCGGUCGGCAACCGAAGUGAAUGGCGUCACGCAGUCAAACUUUCCCAUGCACUUUGUACUCGACACGCAGGCUGGUACCGUUUUGUCGCUACCGUCGGCGCCAGCCUCGCCCGAGAACCUCUUGUUUGGCAUCGUCGACCCGUCGGCCCUGCCGCAGCACCCCGGCUGGCCGCUGCGCAACUACCUCGCGUGGAUCCGCCACCGGUACCCGUCGCUCACAUCCGCGACGGUCCUGCUCUACCGCGACCCGCUCCACCACUUGACGACGGUCCCGGCCUCGAUCGUGGCCAAAGCCUCGUUUGUUGCAACGAUCAGUUGGGCCAACGAUGAAGUGGCCGACACGAAGAAGGUUGUCGGCUGGGAGCUCAACGUCCAGGGCAAGCAAGGACCGCGCUGCAUGCAGCUGGGCAGCCUCAUGGACCCCCUCCAGCUGGCCAAGACGUCGGUGGACCUCAACCUCAAGCUCAUGCGCUGGCGCCAGCUGCCGUCGCUCGACCUCGACAAGCUCGCUUCGACCAAGUGUCUCCUGCUCGGUGCUGGCACGCUCGGCUGUCAUGUUGGCCGGAACCUUCUUUCGUGGGGGUUCCGCCACAUGACCUUUGUCGACAAUGGCCUCGUGAGCCACUCGAACCCGGUGCGCCAGCCCUUGUUUGAAUUCCACGAUGUGGGCAAGCCCAAGGCCGCGACGGCCGCCAAGGCCCUCGCGCGCAUCUUCCCACUUGUUCACGCCGAGGGCCACACCCUCUCGAUUCCGAUGGCCGGCCACGCCAUGAGCAGCCCCGCAGCUCUCGCUGACAAUGAGCAGGCGUUCCAUGCGCUGCGUGCUCUGAUCGAGGCCCACGAUGUCAUCUUCUUGGGCACCGACUCGCGCGAGAGUCGGUGGCUGCCCACCGUCAUGGCCGCUGCCUCCCAAAAGCUCGUCAUCAACGCGGCCCUGGGCUUCGACUCGUACCUGGUCAUGCGGCAUGGCGUGCCGGACGCGGUCGAUCUCGGGUGCUACUUUUGCAACGACAUUGUGAGCCCCGGCGACUCGCUCUCGGAUCGAACCCUCGACCAAAUGUGCACGGUGACGCGCCCUGGUGGCGCGGCCAUGGCCGGUGCGACGGCGGUCGAGCUCCUUGUGUGUCUCUUGCACCAGCCGCUCGGUGUUGCGGCACCCGUCGCGACCGAGGCGAGCGCUGGUGCUCUUGGUGUUGUGCCCCACCAGAUCCGCGGCUUUCUCCACUCGUUCUCUCAAGUGCUCGUGCAAGGUCCGUCGUUUCCUAAAUGCACGGCGUGCAGUCGGCCCGUGCGCGACGCCUUCACACGCGAUGGCUUUAAUCUCUUUGCGUCCGUGUGUGCUUCCAAGACGUACCUCCAAGAUCUCACGGGCCUUUCGGCGCUGUUGGCGUCGGCGGACGCCAUGACGUUUGCGGACGACGACGUCUCGGAUGAUGACGACGACGAGUCGCUUUUGUAAAGUGUUUCAACCCACUAAAGUUGUCAACAGUGGUAUUAAAUAUGCCACAGGUUGGUCGAGUAAUGGUUCUAUUAGUUUAAGACAAUGCAGUCAAAC